GGUCGUUGUACCGCAAUUACCACUCGUAACUAUUAUUGUUGGCGUUGUUUACGAAUUAAUUAUUUCAAUCGUCGAUAGGACGUGACGACUCGACUCCGCUGCACUACAUUACGGUCUACGCGCGUUUUCGUCUCGUCAACACCAACACAAUUGUUCCGAUUGUCGUUCGAUCGUCAUGUACGCCAAAAUCGUGUCGAUCGUGAACAAAGGAUCCGUGCCGUUAACGCCGUCGUCGAAAAAAACAAUGCCGGCGUUGUACAAGACGACAACAGCGUUGAAAACACGGUGAGGCGUCGUUAUAAUGUUAUAAUAAUAAUAAUAAUAAUAGUAACAAUAGACACGGUAAACACAAGUACGACGGGUAGUUGCGACGAGUAGGUAUCCGGUAUUCGUGUUUCCGUUUCACCCGUUUGAAGAAUGUCCGAUUUUUUAUUCUCGCGUCGGGUCAGGUUAGGUUAACCGACGUGUGCGGUGUUGUCGGUUGAGAACCGAACACCACACCGGGGAGAGAGAACGGUUACGUACUUGAAAAAGCGCAUAAAUCGUCCGUUACCAACACGAUAUCACACCGCGGGCCAAAGCCGGACGGCGAUCGAGAACAAUGACAAUGGCUGUAGACAGUGUAUAACUAAAUAUAUAAAUGCAAUAGAGACACGGACGUCGCCGGAUACCGAACGACGCGGUGUUCGGAAAACGGGCGUUUGCCGGUCGUAUUAAACGCGAUUCAACGGCGCCGGAAAACAAAAUAUCGUAUUCGUCGUUUUGCUGCGCAAUGUACAUUUUGUCUGUAGAUGCGCGUACUUAUCAAUAAUAGAUUUACCUUAUCGGGUAGGAUGUCGAAAUCGUCGCGUAUUAUUUAUCAAGUCAUAAACCCGUACCCGUAACUAGGUAAGUGUAUCAAAAACAAUAGUGUUUUGGAAGCAACGCGGCUACACCCACGUCGUAAUAAAAAAAAGAAAAUAGUAACCGUUUGAAUUACAAGCGAACUUUGUAAUUUUAAAUUUGUAUUCGUCUUUUACAAGAACGAAAACAAAAACGUUUGUUCUAUUCCGUUUAAAAAUUUAACUCAAAGACACAUUAAACAUAUUUUUAAUAAUAAUACCUACCUACUACUAUACUAUGCUACACUUAUUAAUAUUUGGCAUAUUAUUCCUACCUAUAGUAUUAUAAUUUUAAAUGAUUUAAAAACAAUGAUAAAAUCAGAGGCGUAGUAAAGACGAUAUAUUUUCAGCCAAGGUCGUUUAGCUGACUGACUUUUAAAAAGAAAAACUUUUGUUUGCUCAUGUAACCACCUGAAAUUCUAGAUUUUCGUUUAUAACAUUAUUAUUGUUUGUUAUUUGAUUUUUGUCUGCAUAUCGUUCUGCUAUGAGUAAAUGUGUAAGAAAUGAAUUCAAUAAGACCGACUGGAGUAAGUUCAGAGGGCCGUAAUUUCCCCCUCGAGUUACAUCUGGGAGGACUAUUGCGUUCGGAUUAUGAUUUAUGCCGGGAACUGUACAGGGUGUUCCGUUUAAACGGGUACAGUCAAUUAUCUCGGAAAGUAUUGACAUAUCAUCUCGGAAUUUGUAAUGUAUAACAUUUUAAAGGACCAACCAACUCGACAAUUCUUCUUCGGCUUGAAUUAUAGUACUUGAAUUAUUUUUCCUAUGACGGAAAAAAUGAUACACCAAAAUUCGUUUCGAGACUAUCCGUUCGGUGGUUACGGUGAUUUUCAAUAUUGUGCGCGGGACGUCACGGAUUCGUUCGGCGCGACGGCGGCCAUAUAUUAUAAUACACGGCAACAUUUGUCCGUUUUAGGUUUAACGUAAUGCAACUAAAUGCGUUAAUUUUUGUUCGAACGACCUAAUCGAAUGUAUUUAAAAGUAUGUCAUUAUCUUUCUAUUCGUAUAAUCGUAUCACGUUUCGGUUUAAUAUUAAUAAAAAAAUAACAAUUAUAUUAUAAAUUAUAAUACACCACUGUUAUAACUGUCACCACUCAUAACAAUAAUACAGUCUUAUCGUCGUAUUAAAGUUAUAAAUAUCUUUAUGAUUAUAACAAUAAUCAAUAGGUCAAAACAAUUAUAAUGCGCACGUGUUCACAGUGAAUGAUUUCUGGUAAAUUCGUAAUAUUCGUGUUAUUUUUUUUCUACAAUAUUAAACCAAACAUUUUUUUUUUCCGUUAAAUUUUGCACAUCUUCAAAUUUGGAAUUUUGGAAUUUUUAAGUGUUUAACUACACUAUAUGUUCGAAUACUUAGAUUUUUAAGGAACAUCCUGUGACGAUACCAACUUUAGUUUUUCAAACGAGAACAUGUAUUGAGAAUUCCGUAAAUAGAAGGAGUAUUACUUCAAAUAAAUUUUAAUGUCAACAUUUUUGAUUUCCGCCUAUCCGUUGUGUGGCGGCACUGCGUGCAGCGUUUUAUUUGUGUUCCACUACUCCUCCAACCUAAACUAAGAAAUGGAAUAUCUCGUUAACGGGUGGACGGAAAUCAAAAAUUAUGACACCAAAAUUUAUUUAAAGUAAUUCUCCGUCUAUUUAUGGAAUUUUUUUUCUACAGAUUCUCGAUUGAAAAACAAGUUUGUAAGGCCAUAAGAUACUCUUUAAAUGUCGUGAAAAAUCUAAUUUGCUUUCGGAAAUGAUCGGAUCAAGAUUUCUAGUAAAAAAAUCGUUUACAGACAACAAAUAUUGAAAAAUAUACGUUGUAAAAUUAAAAUUAUAGAUAAUAUGUUGCUCUGGUGUGACAUUAUAUCUGCACUCGGCUAUUUUAAAUCUUUAAUUCGUUUAAUAAGUUUAUACGUUCUAUCAAGAUUUCAAAUAAUUAAAUUUAAUCGAUGACGCAUGGGCCAUCAUCUCCUUCCCUUCCAUUCUUAUAAGAUAAAACUCAACGAUAGCACACUUUAUGCACACUUCGUUUAGAUGAAAGCAUCUGCGACUUACCCUAUAUUCUUUUCGACGGUCCACCCUUUAUCUGCUUAACGCCUUAUUCUAUUUAAUUCUCUUAUUUCCCUUAAUAUCCCUUUUAAUGUCUCCGACAUUCUAAAAUCAUAUUGCAAGUCUGAUAUUCUUCUUAUUAUUUCCUUCAUCCACGAGGUUGGCUUUCUUAUUUAAAGGUUUGUAAUUGUUUAUUUCUAUAUACCAUUGUUUUUUAGCUAUGUCUGAACUCAAAUGUAUUUGAUCGUCGAGUUAAUAGUUUUUCUAAAAGCUCUAAUAAAAAAAUGAAAAGUUUAUACUUUUAUGUUAUGGUUUUGAUCGAUUACCAUUAUUUCAUAAUACUACAAGCAUGGCCUCCUGUCACUUAAUAAGUAAUGUUCCCGAACCUUUUAGAAAUUUAGACAUACGGAUCGUAUAUUAUAAAUAUACGGACUAGUCGCACCGAUCGGGAAACCUAGUAUAAUAGUACUACAAUACUAUACCGUUUACAAAAUGUAAAAAGUCGAUAAAUAAUUACUUAUGAAAUCCUCAAGAUUGGCGAUAUCAGUUAUUGUAUUUCACAAUGAAUUUCUGUUUAGGGGCGUGACCGGAUUAGCAUACGGCGUGGCAGGUUUCGUACUGUUAUGUUACGUUACGGAGUGGCGUGCCGUAUUGCAGUACCUUCCGUAUUACAAUGGUAAGUACAAGGAGUUGGAUUUGAAAGACCAGGCCGACAAAGUGGAGCAGGCACACAGGAUGGCAAACGCUUCGAGAGACUUUGCGCAAGAGAGACAAGACUUGCAGAAUAAAACAGAAUAGUCAAUUUAAUGUAUUCGCUAUUUUUUUAAUAUUUUUUCUAACAAAUAAUUAAUAAAUAAAAUCGGGAAAAUCACCGGGUGUGUAAGUUUAAUGUUUACAUGAUAAAAAUUGUUGUACAUCCUGCAACAACUAACAAGCUCUAUG